AUGCCGCCAAAAUUAUCAGUCAUCGCGCCUCCAUCUCCUUCACCUCCUCCACCUACAGCUAAUGACGCUCAGGAUCUACUUGUCAUCCAAGAUAUCAUGGAUACGCUCGAUCAAAUUCCUCCUGAGUUAACGAGAGUAUAUAGUGAUCUCAAUGAGCUUGGCGCUGUAUUAUAUUCUACGCUUAUGAGCUUGGAAAAGAAACUAUAUAAGUUGAUCAACUGGAUCCAAGAUCCCGAGAUUGAUCCCGAAGACAGGUUCGAACUGCUUCAAGAGAUAGCAGAAGAAGCUGCCAGGUAUAAAUUAGGUGGAGACGAUAAAAUCAGAGUUGCCGGUGGUGCUUGUGAUGGUAUAAUGUCACAUCAGAAACAUAUAUCAAACCUACUCGCCGCUUCGACCUUGCUUAAUCCAUCACCACCAUCACCCUAUACUCAGACUCUUACUUUACCAUUCCAUCAACCAGUUGUGAACUCUCGUCGACUCCAAAGAGCUGCUAAUUCACCUUUCAGAAAUGCAGGAAAGGAUGCUGGACCCUCAAACGAAGGAAGAAUAGGAGAUACUCCUACCAAAAAGAAGAAGAGCAGAGUACAACAAUUGGUCACUAGAGAUGAUGAUGAGGUUUCAAGUGUUGGAGGAGGUGAAAAAGAAAAGAAGAAAGUUGCAAAGAGAAGGAAAGCUGUUGCUCGAGCCCAGUCACCCACUGAAUCAAUUGCAUCUACGUCCGCAUUCACCAACAAACCCGCUGAGCCUCGUACUGCUCGACAACUCGCCGCCGCUGCUAGCAGGGCACGUAAAGCAGAACAAGAUGAUGGAUCAGAUGAUGAAUCGCGAGAUGAAAAUCCUAAUCCCAAAAAAAGUGGGAUCGGAAUGCAACCUACACCAUCUACUGAUUCUUUGGUAGAAAGAAAAGAUAGUGGAUUGGGAUUGGAAAUGGGAAGUAGAGAAGGAAACAAUGGUGUUUCUGGUGCAAGUAGUCACCAAGCUCAAACUCAAACGCAUACACCUGCAAGUGUUAAUGUUAAACAUAAAGGAAGAAUAACCAAACGAGCACGUAACGACGAAGAUGAAGAAGAUGAUAGUGAUUUAGAUCAAGAAGAGAAACCUGCACCGAAGAGAACAACAAGUUCGACGACCAAGAAAACUAAUCAAACUACUGUGGUCGAUACGGCAGAACAUGAAAAUGUAGUCUUUGGCGAAGAAUUAGAUUCACAAGUAUACUGUACUUGUAGACAAGUCAGUUAUGGUGAAAUGAUAGGCUGUGAUGAUGACGACUGUGAAAUUGAAUGGUAUCACCUUGCAUGUCUAAACCUCGACAAGACGCCUGAAGGAAAUUGGAUCUGUCCUAAAUGUGUUGAAAGAAGGAAGAAACAGCCAAAAGCGAAGAAAUCAAAGGUGAAAAAGCUCAAAGCAUAA